ACGUCUCCGUAACCAGAACUGCUAACUUUCUGUGGGUUUCUCUGGCAGCUGUUCAUGCGAUACUGGGAAAUGUUUAACCCGUAUUGUGGAUAGACAAAAGGGUUUUUUUUUAAAUCCUUGUGAGCAAGGGAGGGGAGAGUAUGUGAGAGGAGGGGUUGUGGGUGUGUUUGGGGGUGGGAGGAGGACGAUUUUGAGAGGGAAUCAGCUCCUCUCCUACUGUCAGUCAAAGGGAAUCCAUCGAGGAAUACACAGCCUGUGGGAUUAACACAUCCAAACUGCAGGCUCAGGCAGCAAAUGCACAGGCUGGCGGGAUCCUUUCCUGAUUCAAACACAGAUAAAGAUUGAAGAGAUACAGAGGAAGGAGCAGACAGUGAGAGGAAGGAGAGCGGCAAAUAGGGACUUUGAUUUCUGUGCCGUGGAUGCAGCAGCAUCCUGCCACAGCGUGACACAUGAGGCAGGAGGACGUCGGCGGGGUCGGGGCACGCUUAACCAUGAAGGGGAGGAGGACGGUGCCGCUCCUGCUGUUGCUGGGACAACUUGUCGCUGCGCUGGAGGUCCCUCUAGACCUUCAAGAAGGAUUGCCGCAGCCUCCAACAAUAACUUCUCAGUCACCCAAGGAUCACAUCAUUGACCCACGAGAGAAUAUUGAAAUUAGGUGUGAGGCAAAAGGGAAGCCGCAUCCCAGUUUCUCCUGGACGAUAGACGGGGCCGACUUUAAGAUUGAGGAGCACCCCAAUAUUAUCAUGAGGCCCAACUCUGGCACCCUGGAGGUGGACAUCAGCCAGAGAAGGGCCGAGAGCUUCGAGGGGGUCUACCAGUGCACCGCUGAGAACAAACACGGAAAGGCCGUUUCCGAUAACAUAGUUGUGCGUCAGUCCAGAUCCCCCUUGUGGUCAAAGGAGAAACUGAAGCCGAUCGUGGUCCGGGAAGGCGUUUCCUUGGUGUUGCCGUGCGAGCCCCCCGCCGGCCUUCCUCCUCCUUUGAUAUUCUGGAUGGACAAUAACUUUCAAAGGCUGCCGCAGAGCAAGCGGGUGUCCCAGUCGUUGAACGGGGACCUGUACUUUUCCAACGUGCGCAGAGAAGACUCCCGAAACGACUACAUCUGCUACGCCCGUUUCCCAGGCACUCAGACCAUCCAGCAGAAGCAGCCCAUCAAUGUCAAGGUCCUCAACCUGGAUUCAAUCAAUGACACAAUGGCAGCUUUUUACAAUGACACUGAUUUAUUUAGCGAGGCCCCAGCAGAUGAGAGGAUGCCGUCCUUCCUCAUCCCAAAAGGCCGCCACAGCUCCAAGGUGGUUUUGAGAGGACACAAACUGGACAUGGAGUGUAUCGCAGAGGGGCGCCCCACCCCUGAGAUCUCAUGGACCAAAGACGGCAGCGAUCUCCCAGCGGGCCGCACGUCCUUCUUGCAGUUCAACAAAACCCUGCAGAUCGACGACGUGUCCGACUCAGAGGAGGGGGUUUACCGCUGCACCGCGUCGAACAAGUUUGGCUCCGUGCACCACACCUUCCACGUCACCGUCAAAGCUGCUCCUUAUUGGAUCAGCGGCCCCCCCAGUAACCUCGUUCUGUCUCCGGGAGAAAACGGCGUGCUGACCUGCAGAGCCAGCGGCAAACCCAAACCGCUCAUCACGUGGACCAAGAACGUCAUGCCCAUUGAGACAGGUUUAGAAGACGACACCAUGAAGGUGGAGGACGACAUGAUCAUCUUCCGGGAUGUAAAGACCAGUAACAGCGCUGUGUACCAGUGCAACGUUUCCAAUGAGUUUGGUUACCUCCUGGCGAACGCCUUCGUCAACGUGCUCUCCGAGCCUCCCAGAGUGCUGACGCCUGUCAACAAAAAGUACGAGGUCAUCCGAAACCACCGGGCGCUGCUGGACUGCUCUUUCUUCGGAUCGCCCAUUCCCAAUAUCACUUGGUUCAAAGACAGCCGCUCCAGCACUCUGGAUGGAGACUCGUACUCCCUGCACGACAACGGCACUUUAGAAAUACGGAUCUCUCGACCACGAGACAGCGGCAAAUACACUUGUGUCGCCAGGAACAUCCUUGGGAUUUCUGAGAAUCACGUCUUCCUGGAGGUCAAAGAGCCCACCCAAAUCCUGAAGCAGCCGGAGUACCGGAUGAUCAAGAGGGGAGGACCGGUGACGUUUGAGUGCAAGGUGAAGCACGACUCAUCGCUCAUCCCCACCAUGACCUGGCUGAAGGACGACGAGGAGCUUCCAGAAGAUGACCGAUUUACUGUGGAGCCUGAGAGUCUCACCAUCACUGAUGUGAUGGACAGUGAUGCGGGAAUGUACACGUGCAUUAUAAACACCACUCUGGACCACGUCUCAGCCAGCGCCGAGCUCACUGUCGUAGACACCACGCCUCCCCCAGCUGUUGUCCACGAGCGACCCGAUCCCCCCACUGACCUGGAGCUGACGGACCAGACCAAGAGGAGUGUCGUCCUCACUUGGAUCCCUGGCAAUGAAUAUAACAGUCCCAUCAAGAAGUUCCUGAUCCAGUAUGAAGACUCUCUACACCACCGAGGUCACUGGCAUAACCUCACACAUGUUCCUGGAACCAGGACGUCAGCUAAUCUCAAACUCUCGCCCCACGUUCACUACACCUUUCGAGUUCUGGCCCUCAACAAUGUGGGUUGGAGCCAACCCAGCACCCCAUCCCAAAUGUACAAGACCGAUCCUGCAGCUCCAGACGAGAACCCCACAGGAGUUCAGGGAUUAGGAACAGAACCUAACAAUCUUAUAAUCUCCUGGAAGCCUCUGACUAGACUUCAAUCCAAUGGUCCUGGGCUUCAAUACAAAGUGAUGUACAGGGAGAAAAAACCAGGCAGUGAGUGGAUCACAACAAACGUGGCCAACAACUCCAGGUUUGUCGUGUCUGGAACGUCGACGUUUGCUCCAUAUGAGCUCAAAGUUCAAGCUGUGAACAACUAUGGCGAGGGCCCCGAGCCCGCUGUUGUGGUCGGUCACUCGGGGGAGGAUGUGCCAAAGUCCGCUCCGACGGAACUUCGGAUAAGCGCUCAUAACAGCACCGCGGCGGAAGUUCAGUGGAAAACCGUGUCCAAUGAUUCGAUACGAGGGUUUCUCAAAGGAUACAAGGUGCACUACUGGAGAGAACAUGGCAUCCACAGGCAUCACCCCGAUCGUGUGGAGAAAAUUCUCACCUUCAGUGGAAACCGCAGCCACGCCGUCCUGCCUGGUCUACACCCCUUCAGCGAUUACUCCUUCUAUGUGAGGGUUUUCAACGGGAGAGGAGAAGGUCCCCCGAGCACAACCAAGCACUUUAGCACGCCUGAGGGAGUUCCUGGACCUCCUACUUCUCUGGUAGUUUCUAACCCAAACCUAGAUUCCUUAACCCUUCAGUGGAGUCCUCCUUACGAUCCUAACGGGCACAUCACUGGCUACACCCUCAAAUACCAGCCAGUCAAUAACUCCAAUGAGCUGGGCGAGGAAGAGGUGCUGGCUCUGGCUGCCAAUGAGACCUCAGUCACUUUGCCAAACCUCCAGUCCAGCACACGCUACAGGUUUUAUUUGAAUGCAAAAACUAAAAUUGGAGCAGGCCCAGCCAUUACUCAGGAAGCGCUCAUCAUGGUGGACGAAGGUCAGAGCCAAACAUCUCACCCUAAAGUAUGGUCACGAGCAGGUCAUCCGCCACUCAAGGAGCGACCGGCGAGUCCUUUCGCAAACGUUAGCUCUUCGGUUGGAGAUGAUGGUGCCCUGAUCAGUUGGGAAUACUGGGGCCCAGAAAGAAAUGUUUAUGUAGAGUACAUAGCAAACAACAGUGAAAGUGAAGAGGAGUGGCAGAAAGAGCUUGUGAAUGGCUCUCAGAAUGUUAAGCUGAAGGGCUUAAAGGUUGGCCUGUCCUAUAGGGUCCGCGUGGUGGCCUAUGGUCACCACGACCAGCCGCCGCACUCGUCCGACGAGCUUGUGGUCACAGUCCCAGCGAUGGUGAGCAGACAGGUGGACAUCGCCACUCAGGGAUGGUUCAUAGGCCUCAUGUGUGCCAUCGCUCUGCUCAUCCUGAUCCUCCUCAUCAUCUGCUUCAUUCAGAGAAAUAAAGGAGGGAAGUACCCUGUCAAAGAGAAGGAGGACGCCCACACAGACCCAGAGUUUCAGCCCAUGAGAGACGAUGACUGUCCCUUUGGGGAAUACAGUGACAGUGAGGACCAUAAGCCGUUAAAAGGGAGCCGCACGCCGUCUAACGGGACGGUUAAGAGAGACGACAGUGACGACAGUUUAGUAGACUACAGUGAAGGCGGGGACAGGCAGUUCAAUGAGGACGGCUCCUUCAUUGGCCAGUAUAGUGGCAAAACCACCAGCAGGGACACUGCUGCUGCCGAGGGCCCGCAGAGCUCCGAGGCCCCAUCCCCCAUCAAUGCCAUCCACUCUUUGAACUCCUUUGUGUAGCCGACUUAGCUUUAACAGGCCACUAUGAGGCACUGCGCUCGCCGCCUGCAAACCCUCCCAGCGCUGCAUGGCUUCAUGACCUCUGCUGACACGCAAAAAGAACAGGAAAGGCACGGAGAGGAUGAGGAAGCACCGGAACAUGGAAAGUGAUCAAUUUAUUAUGAUAUUAGUUAAUUCUCAUGAAAAAUUUAAAGGGUAACCAAACCAGGAAGUUGGAGGCUGACUCCACCCACAGCCAAAAUUUGAAAAUCUAGUCAGAGGGGCGGGGCUUAGGGCCUGGACUGUUAUCAUUACUGGAGUUGCAGAUCAUGA